AUGGGUGUUCAGGGUCAGAGAUGCAACAGAGUGACUUACACCAAGAGGAGAAUCUGUGUCUUGAAGGGUUCAACAGUGGACAUAUCCUGUACUUAUGUUGGUUAUUAUUCCACCACAUCAUCAUUCUGGUUUAGAAGUGAUAAGUCGACCCCUGAAGACCUAACCACAGACCCAGGGUAUGCAGGUCGUGUGGAGUACACUGGAACAUACAGAGGUCCCUUCACCCUGAGAAUCACAGAUCUGAGAGAGGAGGACUCAGCUGGGUAUCGCUUCACUUUUAAAGCAGACAACUUUGACUGGGGUCAUAGUUUCCCAGGAACAACUCUGUCUGUCACAGGUCUGCAGGUGAAGGUGACUCCUGCUGCAGAGGGACAGAAGACACUGACCUGUAUCACCACCUGUACUCUGACUGACAACCCCACCUACAUCUGGUACAAGAACGGACAACAUCUAGAUGAGAGCACCUCCCCCCAGUACAAAGACCCAGUCUCCAGUAACUAUGAAGACAGCUACUCCUGUGCUGUAAAAGGCCAUGAGAAUCUCCACUCUCCUGCAGUGUGUGUUCAGGGUCAGAGAUGCAACAGAGUGACUUACACCAAGAGGAGAAUCUGUGUCUUGAAGGGGUCAACAGUGGACAUAUCCUGUACUUAUGUUGGUUAUUAUUCCACCACAUCAUCAUUCUGGUUUAGAAGUGAUAAGUCGACCCCUGAAGACCUAACCACAGACCCAGGGUAUGCAGGUCGUGUGGAGUACACUGGAACAUACAGAGGUCCCUUCACCCUGAGAAUCACAGAUCUGAGAGAGGACGACUCAGCUGAGUAUCGCUUCCCAUUUAAAACAGACAACUUUGAAUGGGGUCAUAGUUUCCCAGGAACAACUCUGUCUGUCACAGGUCUGCAGGUGAAGGUGACUCCUGCUGCAGAGGGACAGAAGAAACUGACCUGUAUCACCACCUGUACUCUGACUGACAACCCCACCUACAUCUGGUACAAGAACGGACAACAUCUAGAUGAGAGCACCUCCCCCCAGUACAAAGACCCAGUCUCCGAUGACUAUGGAGACAGUUACUCCUGUGCUGUAAAAGGCCAUGAGAAUCUCCACUCUCCUGCAGUGUGUGUUGUGGGUGAGAGCUGUAUGAAUGUGACUUACACCCAUCAGAGUAUCUGUGCUUUGAAAGGGUCAACAGUGGACAUAUCCUGCUUUUACACACAUCCCAGUUGGCAUAACGUCAUAGAAGUGUCCUGGUUCAACAAAUGGGAGUCUGGUGUCACUAAAGACCUGAGCCUGAACCCAGAGUAUGCAGAUCGUGUGGAAUACCAUCAACAAACAGACAAGGGCUCCACCCUGAGAAUCACAGACCUGAGAGAAAGUGACUCAACUGAGUACAAGUUCAGAUUUACAACUGAUGAGGCAAGAUGGGGGUACAGCUUCCCUGGAACAACUCUGACUGUCACAGGUUCUCAGGUGGAGGUGACUCCUAAAUGGAGAUCAGAGUCGAAGACACUGUCCUGUAUCACCACCUGUACUCUGAGUAACCCCAACCCCAUCUAUAUCUGGUACAAGAACGGACAAAAUCUAGAUGAGAGCAACUCCCCCCAGUACAAAGACCCAGUCUCCAGUAACUAUGACGAUAGUUACUCCUGUGCUGUAAAAGUUCAUGAGGAUCUCCUCUCUCCUGCAGUGUGUGUUCAGGGUCAGAGCUGCAACAGAGUGACUUACACCAAGAGGAGAAUCUGUGCCCUGAAGGAGUCAACAGUGGACAUAUCCUGUACUUAUGUUGGUUUUUAUAACACCACAUCAUCAUUCUGGUUUAGAAGUGAUAAGUCGACCCCUGAAGACCUAACCAGAGACCCAGGGUAUGCAGGUCGUGUGGUGUACACUGGAACAUACAGAGGUCCCUUCACCCUGAGAAUCACAGAUCUGAGAGAGGAGGACUCAGCUGAGUAUCGCUUCACUUUUAAAACAUACAACUUUGACUGGGGUCAUAGUUUCCCAGGAACAACUCUGACUGUCACAGACCUGCAGGUGAAGGUGACUCCUGGCACAGUGACAGAAGGAUCAUGGGUUAUACUGACAUGUAGCACCACCUGUACUCUGACUGAAAUCCCCAACCCCACCUACAUCUGGUACAAGAAUGGAGAAGAGCUAUUUUCUGACUCCUCUCCCCAGUAUCAUUACUCAGUCAGUAGAGGAAGUUCUGACAGCUACUCCUGUGCCUUAAGAGGCCAUGACAAACUCAGCUCUCCUGAAGUCACAGUGGAUACUUCUUCUCUGAGCUGCUUUAGGGUGACCUACACCAGUAGAAGCAUUUGUUCCUUGAUACCAUCAGUGGACCUGCCUUGCACUGCCAUAUAUCCCACAGACCUGCAGGUGAAGGUGACUCCUGACACAAAGACAGGGAAGAGGACACUGACCUGUAGCACUACCUGUACUCUGACUGAUAACCCCACCUACAUCUGGUACCAGAACGGACAGUCUCUUGCUUGGCUCACUUCCCAACAACACUCUGUCUGGAGUUCUGAAACAGAGAGUUACUCCUGUGCUGUUAAAGGCCAUGAGGAUCUCCGCUCUCCUGCAGUGUGUGUUCAGGGUCACAACCGCUGGAGUGUGACUUACACCAAGAGGAGAAUCUGUGUCUUGAAGGGCUCCACAGUGAACAUAUCCUGCUCUUACACUCAUCCCACUUGUUAUAUAGAACAAGGUUCAUUCUGGUUUACAAAGAAACACCCUGUAGAUCUCAGGUCAUAUCCAGAGUCUGCAGGUCGUGUGGAGUACAAUAGGAACACAGAGAACCACCACACCAUGACAAUAACACACCUGACAGAGAAGGACUCGGCUGAAUACAAAUUCAGAUUAAUAACAACAUACGACAGGAGAUUUUCUGGCCUUCCUGGUGUGAUGUUGACUGUCACAGAUAUCCUGUUGGAGAUGGAUCCUAUGUCUGUGUCAGAGGGGGAGAGAGUCACACUGAGAUGUAGAACCCAAUGUACAAUCGGUCUCAACCCCACCUACAUCUGGUACAAGAACGGACAAAGUCUGACCAAACCAAUCACCAGUUAUAACAGCCUGAUCCUAGACCCAGUCAGCAGUGAGGAUGCAGGGAACUACUCCUGUGCUGUAGAAGGCUUAGAGAGAAUCCUCUCUCCAGAAGAGACUCUCACUGUCAGAUAUGGCCCAAAGAACACCUCAGUGUCAGUCAGUCCCUCUGGUGACAUAGUGGAGGGCAGUUCAAUGACUCUGACCUGCAGCAGUGAUGCCAACCCACCUGUGCAGAGUUACACCUGGUACAAGAAGAAUGGUGGUCACUAUCAGUUCUCCUAUGGGAUCACAGGACCACAUCUUGUCUUCAAUCAAAUCAAGUCCUCAGUCACUGGAGAGUACUGCUGUGAGGCCUGGAAUGGGAUUAAGACGGGGAGGUCUGAGUCAAUCAACAUUGAUGUGAAAUACGCUCCACAGAACAUCUCAGUGUCAGUCAGUCCCUCUGGUGAAAUAGUGGAGGGCAGUUCAGUGACUCUGACCUGCAGCAGUGAUGCCAACCCACCUGUGGACAAAUACACCUGGUACAAGAAGAACGUAACCUCACCAAAAGCAUCAGGACAGAGUUACAGCAUCACUAACAUCAUCUCUGAGGACAGAGGAGAAUAUUACUGUGAGGCCCAGAAUGGAAGAGGAUCUAUGAACUCUACAGCUCUGAUGAUCAUUGUAGCAGGGAAACAAAUAUCAGUUGUGACUGCAGCUGUAGGAAUCAUUGUUGUUGUUCUGGUUCUCAUCCUCUGUCUCUCUGGACUCAUGUGGUUCAGGAAGAAGAACUCCACAUCCACCUCCAACACAAGAGACACAGCAGAUGAUGGACAGGGAGACUCUAGUCCAGUGUAUGACAACAUCUCAAACAUGGCCAUGACCCCUACUGCAGCACAGACAGAGUCCACAUACGACCAGGAUGAUGUUCACUAUGCCAGCGUCCACUUCUCUCACUCCAAAAAACAGGAAGUGCCUCUGUACUCCACCGUCCAAGUGCCUCAGCCCCAGAAACAGGAUGAGGAUGUCCACUACGCUGCUGUGAAAUUCAACCUCCCCUGUUCUGCCACCCAACCAGCAGCAGCACAAGCAGCUGAGGUGGAUGCCUCUGAGAUCUACAGUACAGUCAACAAACCCAGAACCAAGAAGACCUGAACACAACAAACCCAGAAACAAGAAGACCUGAACACAACAAACCCAGAACCAAGAAGACCUGAACACAACAAACCCAGAACCAAGAAGACUUGAACAUAACAAACCCAGAACCAAGAAGACCUGAACACAAAGGCCCAGAACCACAAACCCAGAACCAGGAAGAACUGAACACAACAAACCCAGAACCAAGAAGACCUGAACACAACAAACCCAGAACCAAGAAGCCCUGAACACAACAAACCCAGAACCAAGAAGACCUGAACACAAAGGCCCAGAACCACAAACCCAGAACCAGGAAGAACUGAACACAACAAAACCAGAACCAAGAAGACCUGAACACAACAAACCCAGAAACAAGAAGACAUGAACACAACAAACCCAGAACCAAGAAGACCUGAACACAAAGGCCCAGAACCACAAACCCAGAACCAGGAAGAUCUGAACACAACAAACCCAGAAACAAGAAGACCUGAA